CCGCCCUUUAUGUUUUAUGUUUUUUUUUUCUUUUUAAUUUUAUUAUUGACAAUAGACCAAACGAUUAGGGCACUUUCACAAAGAAAAAAAAAAAAAAACUUAGAAAGCAAAAUCCAACAAUGAACACAGUAACCUUAGGCUUUUUAACCAAUUUCUUUGUCUCUCUCCAAACAGAAAAUUAGCAGAGCAAAUAGGAGACGACAUCUUUGAGUUGAGAGUCUUGUAAAGUAAAACUGUAAAGUCUUGCUUUUGAAUUUUUACUUAUCUUCUUUCUUUUUGAUUUUUUCUAUUUAAUUCUCGCCCUUUCGUUCCAUUUUCUCUCCUAUCUCGGAAGAACCGCCAUGAAUGGCGAUGGAGAUAAGGAUAGAGAUCAGGGAAUGAAAAUGGAAGAGGCUAGUAAACAGAGAGUUGUGUACAUGUGCGGCUACCUUCCCGGAGCUUUGCCGCAGAGGUCGCCGCUUCUUUCACCGACGACCGUGCGUCUCCCGCCGAAUUACACGUGGAUGGAUGUUAGCGGUGGAGGUUGCGGCUUUGCUAUGGCCAUUUCAGUGUCUGGAAAGCUCAUCACAUGGGGUUCUACGGAUGAUCUGGGUCAAAGCUAUUUAACAUCCGGGAAGCACGGGGAAAUUCCGGAGCCUUUUCCCCUUCCAACCGAGGCAUCUAUAGUAAAAGCUGCUGCAGGUUGGGCCCAUUGUGUUGCAGUUACAGAUAGUGGAGAAGUUUACACAUGGGGUUGGAAAGAGUGUGUUCCCUCAGGAAAGAUCAUUGGAGAUAAAGAUUCGAGUUCUGAGAAGAAUACCCUUGAAAGGCAGAGCCCUUUUCUGACAGAUCAAGUUAGCCCUCGUUCUCUGGGUGAGCGAUCCAGUGGAGGAACAGGUUCUGGUAAUGAUGCUAGAGGAGGUGGAGAGGAAACUACCAAGCGAAGAAGGGUAUCUGCAGCAAAGCAAGUAGCUGAGAGUUCUGCAUCUGGGGAUGAAAACCUUUCGGCCUUGCCAUGUCUUGUCACACUAAAUCCAGGAAUCCGAAUAGCCAGCGUUGCUGCUGGAGGACGGCAUACUUUGGCACUGUCUGAUACAGGACAGGUGUGGGGUUGGGGUUAUGGAGGUGAAGGGCAGCUUGGUUUAGGCUCUCGGAUGCGCAUGGUAUCCUCUCCUCAUCCUGUACCUUGCAUUGAUUCAUCUCCUUAUGGAAAUGACAGAUCCAAUGCUAUCUCCCGUGGAAGCUUGGGCGAAGAGCAAGGUUAUAGAGUGCCUGGAAAUUACGUGAAAUCAAUAGCUUGUGGAGGGCGGCACAGUGUUGUAAUCACAGAUGCUGGAGCUAUUCUUACUUUUGGUUGGAGCCUUUAUGGACAGUGUGGGCAAGGAUGUACGGAUGAUGAGUUGAGCCCAGUUUGUGUUUCUUCCUUACUGGGUAUUCGGAUAGUGGGUGUUGCUGCAGGACUGUGGCAUACUGUCUGCAUAUCUGCUGAUGGUGAUGUUUAUGCAUUUGGGGGAAAUCAGUUUGGACAGCUGGGAACUGGAAUUGAUCAGCCCGAGACUCUUCCAAGACUUCUUGAUUCUCCUUGUCUUGAAAACAUGCAUGCAAAUAUUGUCUCUUGUGGAGCUCGUCAUAGCGCUAUAAUCACAGAGGAUAGCAAGGUGUUCUGCUGGGGAUGGAACAAGUAUGGCCAGCUUGGGUUGGGUGACGCCAAUGAUCGCAAUAUUCCUACUGAAGUUACCAUGGAGGGUUGUGUCCCCAAAAAUGUAGCCUGUGGCUGGUGGCAUACCCUGCUUUUAGCCGAAUCGCCCACUUGAGUUCCUUCUCCGCACAGUUUUGUUAGGUAGGAGUUGAAUGGACCGGACCGGUAAUCCUCGAGACAUUAUAUGUAUGUAUAAUGUGUAUAUGAAUGAACAUAUACAUAUAUGCAUCUGCUCAUUCUUUGGUGCCAUAAGGGUACACCACGACUAUAAACACCAUGGCAGAUUGAUUAGUCCACUGUGUAUAUAAUCCUUUGCUUUUACCAUUUUCGAUUAUGCAAUUUGAACGAGUAAUAUAGUGUAAUAAGAUGCUCUGUAAUAUUAGGUUAUUUAUGUGAAAAGGGAUGUUGUAGUAGCUUUAGAGUGGUUUUAACUAUAAAUAUUAUGGUUAGAGCAGUAUUCUAUUGUUCUUUUGUAUAAUAUAUUUUCUUUUCUUCCCCUUUUAUUUA